ACUAUUGUUCUUUAUUGAAAUCGUUUCCCGUAUAUAAUCUAGAAGAUGAGUGUAGAUCUGGUUGCCCCGAAUACCCAUGGGAAUCUCGAUGAGCAGAUUGCACAGCUCAUGUAGUGCAAACCCUUUUCCGAGCCUGAUGUACCUCUCUCUCUCUCUCUUCCCCUCUCUCUCAAAGUCUCCAUUUUGAAAGCUCUCUCUUUCUUUCCACUUUCCAGGAAAAUUUCCAGAAUCAUCCUCACUCCAUUCUCUAUUUCUUCUUUUUCUAGUCUUCUUUGUGUGUGUAUAUAUAUAAAAAUCAAAACCUAUUAAAAUCUAAUGGCUCGUUGCCCUCCAUGAAUUGUUGGUUUGGGAAAUUGUUAUGGAUUUUCAAUUUUAUUUUUUUUCCCUUACCUUCAAACUGUUUGAUAAAAUGUCUCUUAGGCUUCUCAAAAAUCUAAUCUACUUACCUGAACAGUGCUUGUGUCCUUGUAUUGAAUUGUUUUGGUAAUGUGGCUCAAGUUGAGGGUUAGAAUUAAAUGUUUCACUAAAAUAGACUAUUUUUUGAAUGGUUAUUACUCUGGUAUGCCUUCUCAUUUCUGCUCUAUAUAAUUAUUUUGUACUUGGUUUGAGAAUAAAAUGAGAAAAGUUGAAUGAUGGCCUUUUGCCAAUUGUUGGAAGGUCAAGUUGAACUUGACAACAUAGGUUAUGUAUUGGUGAAUGAGGGUAGUGCAGAAACUCCUGUUGAAGGUGUAUUUGCAGCUGGAGAUGUACAGGACCAUGAAUGGAGGCAAGCCGUAACUGCAGCUGGUUCAGGAUGCAUUGCUGCUUUUUCAGUUGAGAGAUAUCUUACCAGCAAAAAUCUCCUUGUUGAAUUUCAUAAGCCUAAGACUAAAGAGGUUAAGAAGGAACUCAUAGACAGAGAUGUACAAGAGGGUUUUGACAUCUCUAUCAUUUGGGUGCUAUUUGCUUGUGAAGACCCAUAA